AUGUCCUCCACGCCUGGUGCAGGUCCGUCCAGGCGUAUACCCACAGCGUCCAAGCCUUUUUCGUCCACCUUCUCCCUUCCUUCCCGUCGCGCGCCUCAAUCCAGCAAGGGUCGACUCAAUACUUUCGCGGACGCGUCUUCCCUACGAUUACACCUCGAUGGCAGCCGCGUCCCAGCAGACCCGUCGAGCGCGUUUCAAGGCAAAGGCCUUGUUGCGAAAAGCUUGAAGAAUGCCGGGCCGGACGCGCGAGGUCGGUGGUAUGCACGCGACGCCACAGGGUCGGCGAAGGUUCCGCGUGAAAGACGAGUGAGAGAGGCGGACGAGACAGAGGCAGCCGUGCAAGAGGAGCUGCGAGCGGAGAGUGUGCCGGCUAAAGGAAAGGAGAAAGAAGUCUUUCGUAACGAAACUUCAGAAGUCUUUGACUUGAACGCAGACGCCCAAGUGGCUGCCGAGAAUGGCAAGGAGGUGGACGCCGAAGAAGUAGUAGAUGAGAAGGAGCUAAGAAGGAGAGAAAGGCGUAGGAAGGAUAACGAGUCCCGAAGACUCAAACGGGCUCGGUUCAAGGAGGACUUGCGUACAGGUAGAGACUUGGUACUGGAUACGCCAACUCUACCAAAAGAUGAAUCUCUGCCGCCACCCGACUUCCUCAAAGUAAUACAUCAUUUUGCCUCAAACUACUACGCGCAUGCAGGUGUCUUGACGGAUAAGUCGCGCGAGUACCGAGCUAUAAAAAAGGCCCGUGCCGAAAGGCGUACAGCCAGGCUCUUCGAACAAGGCAAGGAGGAGCUUGAUGAGGAAGACACUGAUAGCAGCCGUGAAGAGGACGCUGCCACCUCCAGCAGUCGCCCGUCCAAACGCGCACGCCGUUCCCGGUCCAUGUCGCGUGUAACUCGGUCGAGUCGCUCCAGCUCACCGCGCUCGUACUCACGUAGUACUCGAGCUGAUGACGAAGCGGAGGACGAAGAGAAAGGCAUGAGGCAAGAUCCUCUCGUCAAACAACCCGACAUGUACAAAGCCUUCAGCGGCAAGGGUCUGAUGGCUAUCGGCAUACUGAUGCAGGAGUUCAUCGCUGCACAAGUAACACGUGAACCGCCCGAGGAUUGGUUGGAAAGUGCACUUCUGGAGGGGAAAAUACUUGAACCAGAUUCAGAGAUUUCGGAAGCCCCGCAAGAUCCACCGGACGAAGAAGACAAGGAGGUCGAUGAAGGGGGCUCAGGAGGGCUUGACGAGGACUCGGAGAAGGACGAUGAAGACGACGAUAUCCCACGUAGUUCGGACGACGAGAAGAGCAGUAGCAGUCCUUCCGAAGAGGACUGA